AUGAGUCUAUCUUUGGCUGAUUUUUAUGACGAAUAUCUAGAAAGUCUACAGAAUCUACCCUCUGAGAUAGAUCAGGAUAUGCAUGAGUUGCGAUGUCUAGAUGAAGAAUUUCACCAACUUAGAGAAGGGUAUAAGGAUAAACGAAGGACUUACAUGAAGCAACUAAAAGCAGAUGGGGAUAAGGCGCAUUACGAUGCAUCCAGUAUCGACCCCAAUACUGCCAAAAAUGAUCCAUCGUCCUUGCCUUUGCCGACAUCUUUUUGUUCCUCCUCCACAACACCUAUGAGCUAUAUACCCUAUUCCAUGAUCCAGAAAACUUAUAACGAAGCCAUUGAAAAACAAGAUCAAAAGCUCGAACUUGCUAUGCGAAUGUAUGAUCUUGUCUCCAAGCACAUUGAGAAAUUAGACAACGAAGUGAUGAAGAGUGAUUCAAAUUGGAUUAUUCCAAAGCUUAAACAGCAACAGAAAAGGGCAGCAGCCGAUAGAAGCUCCGGUUCAUUACGAAAACGAAAACUCAGUCCUGCCAACUUUAACAAUGCAAGAAAGAAGCGGCCUCUCCUCUACAAACAUAUGGCUAGUAUAGAUGGGAGGCAUGGUAUGACGAGCAACUCCUCUUCCGCCAUUCUUGAGGGUUACGACAUGAACGAACCUCUUUACUGUUAUUGUAAGCAAGUGUCAUUCGGUGACAUGAUAGCAUGUGAUGGGCCUAAUUGUGACAGAGAAUGGUUUCAUUACACUUGUGUCGGACUCGUCGAACCACCCGAAGGCAAAUGGUUCUGUGAUGUGUGCAGUAUAGAUGAUCAGACACAAGAAAGUUACUCAUACGCAGACGAUGCUGAAGCAUAG